AUGAACGGGGACCUGAGUCUCUCCCAGGCUCUUGGUGGUCUCCGGAUAGCCAAUCCUGACGAUGCGACGCAAGACCACCCCCCAAACCACGCUGAAGGAACCUCUCACACCCCUACAACACACGAUAUCACGCUCACAGAUUACGAAGCUGCCUCUGCCGGGGACCCGACCAAUGCCCCCCACAGUGUCAAAAUGGAAAAGUACCCGAACCCAACCGAAACACAGCCUCCUGUGUGUACACAUCCACCCAUAGAUACACCAACCGACCUGUCCGCGCUGCUCUCCAUGCCAGCACAGAGCCAGGUUACUAACGAAGCCUGCCAUGGCGAGUCGCCAUUGCAACAACAAUCGAACCGACUCCUGGCUCUCGCCACAGGCACCGCAAACGAACCUACGCCACGUCGGAAACUAUCGAGAGGAAGAGCCGAUGACUAUAUGCACAAUGAAAUGAGCCAACCACCUGCCUAUGUUGGAACUAUACCGGGCCAGACGAGUGCAGAAGACUGGAAAGAUCGUGGUGCUGCGGUGGGCAUUAGGAGAGAAGUCGACGCCAACGGCAGGUCGAUAGUACGACAAGUCAAAAAGGGUGUUCGAGACUUCUCCUUCGGCCGGAUACUCGGCGAAGGCUCUUACAGCACAGUAUACCUGGCAACCGACAGACAGACGCUCAAGGAAUACGCAAUCAAAGUUCUUGAAAAAAGGCAUAUCAUCAAGGAGAAAAAGAUCAAAUAUGUCAACAUCGAAAAAAACACGCUCAACCGACUUACCGAGCACCCCGGCAUCGUCAGGCUCUACUAUACAUUCCAAGAUGAAGCGUCACUUUACUACGUUCUGGACCUCUGCAGCGGCGGCGAGCUUCUGGGUGUGCUGAAGAAGACGGGGACCUUUGAUGUCGAAUGUGUGAGAUUCUACGGAGCUCAAAUUCUGGAUGCAAUCGACUACAUGCAUUCCCGAGGAGUCAUUCAUCGUGAUUUGAAACCGGAGAAUGUCCUCCUGGACAACCAAAUGCAUGUGAAGAUCACCGACUUUGGCACCGCAAAGCUACUGAGAGACCCAAGAGACCCGCAAAGUGUAACUGCUAGUAACGCCACUGCGACUGAGCAAGAUGAGGAGAGAGCUGCGUCCUUUGUUGGUACUGCGGAGUAUGUUAGCCCUGAACUUCUGACACACAAGACCGCUUCCAAAGCAAGUGAUCUCUGGGCUUUUGGAUGCAUUAUUUUCCAAUUACUCGUCGGAAGACCACCCUUCAAAGCCGGGAGCGAGUACCUCACCUUUCAAAAGAUCGUCAAUCUCGAAUACGAAUUCCCCUCUGGCUUCCCUCCAGCCGCAAGCGACCUUGUUGAGCGUUGCUUGGUCCUUGACCCCACUAGAAGGUUGACUAUCGAGCAUAUCAAGAACCAUGAAUUCUUCGAAGGGCAGCAGUUUGGAAGAGGACUAUGGAAGACCAAGGCACCCCGGCUUCGGCCGUAUACCUCCCAACCCCAAGAGCCAACUAUUAUCCAGCUGAAUGGAUUUCCAUCCAACACUGCCCCCGAUACUGGCCAAACCCGACAGCAAAGCAGUCAAAAACCAACUCCACGUCCCGGACGAAUCAUCACGGAGCUCCCACCUCCUACCCAGCUCGACAUUGAAUGGUCACCCGUUCUCACGAAAGACAACGAACGCAUUUUGAAGCUGGCUGACUUGAUGGUCAUCUCAAGUCCGCUACAGAACGGUGCCAAUGGCAAGGGCGCCGAUGAAGGCCACAAAAAGCUCUCUCGCUUCUUUGGUGGAAGUACAACGAAGAAACGGCAGAGACUCGUCAUGGUCACCUCAAGUGGACGAAUUGUUCUCGCCCCUGCUGGGGGGGAAGAGAAGCGAUCCAAACAGGAGCUUUCACUUCUCGCUCCAGACAGUUCGUGGCACACCCAGAAUGAUGCUAAAGGCCAACUGGUCUGGUGUGUGGACGUGGGUGGCAACCGGUAUACAUUCGAAGAAAACAAAGGUUCAGCACCUCCAGAGAGUGGCACGCCAUACGCAGAAGAAUGGAUCAGUAGCCUUGAUCGGGCACGCGAUCUGGCCAAUUCUCAGAAUCUCGUGGCACAAGGCGCUGAAAAUGGAUUUUCCGAAAUGCCCUCCAAUGUGCCUAGUCCGUCUAGCACUAUCGGUGGUGGAGGCAAUGUACCCGAUUCAUACAGCAUCAAUGAGCGAUCAUCACGCGCGCAGCUCAACAAAGGUCAAGGUGGCCCUGAUGAAUCUACUCCCAAGAGAAACCGUUUUAGUAAACGACAGUCGCGCAACGGCCUUGGUGCUGCCUUCUAA